AUGUUCGACUUUGAAGACGACGCGUCAACACGCGAGAAAUGCUUCACAUCGGUCACCGAGCUCCCCGCAUUUGUCGACCCGAAGCAGAUCCCGUCCAAAAAAGUGCCUUUCUCUACGAUUUCGAAUUAUGCAUUCUUGCAUACAAUUGAAGCCAUCCUCCCAGAGGAGACCUACAAAAGCCUUCAGGCAUCGCUGGACGCCAAGUUAGAGAAGCUUCAGUAUGCUCGAGUAUUCAUGUCUCCUGCUGAUCUGCUGGAGCAUGAGUUUUUCAAUACAUACAUCAAGGCCGGUGAUAUUCUCAUGAUAUCCGAGGGACUUUCUGGCUCAGACAAUGUGUUUACACUCCGUGAUGGAAUUCUCAAAAUUGAACUCGGCAAGGAGAUUUUCGAGCGUACUGGACUCACUGGAACUCCCAUCCGUAGCGGAGGUAGGAAACAUGGAAAAGAACGAUUCGUGAUUGAACUUAAUUUACGGCUUCCUUCAAUGCUACAUGGCAAAAAGGGCUUUGAGCGAAUUGAACGAGCCUUCAAACAUGUCCUGAACCAGUCUUUAGCAUGGCUCUUCUGCGACUUACACCAGGGUGACGGUGCGGCCAUCAAAAGACAUCAUCCGCAGGUGAUCGAAGCUGUGCCCCAGCAGACCAGACUUGACCGAAUUCUGGCACCGCCAUUAUCCGGGGUGGUGUCAACCGAGAUGUCAGAAGUGGAUAUGCAAGAAGCAUGCGGGUCCCUUUCUGAAUGGAUUGCCAUGGUUCAGCUGAGAUCCCCGCGCGUCUCUGCGGACGAUGACAUUGAUUCAUUCCUUAGCCGUUACACGGUACCCGAAGCUGAUCAGGGGCGUACCACCGAUUUGAUCAGCUUGAAAUGGCAUGGCCUCAUUUCUGCCAAGUGGAUCAUGCAUCUAUUCGUUGCUUUACUGGGCCAUACGUCGAAAUCUAAGGCUUCGUCAUCAUGGUUUGUUCUAUCUGCCUCGGCGCUGGGGAAGCAAGCUGUAGAGGGAAGAGACGGCUUCACCAUCGCUGCUGCCCCAAAUAUGUUCUCUAGGUCUGCUGGCGCCAAGGAGGAUGAAGCAUCAGAGUCGAGAAAUCUCCAUGCUAUUUGCUGGGAGUACAUGGGGGCAACUGCUACCAACAAAUGA